GUUUUCCACCGUUAUCCGUGAUCCCAAUAUGGAGGUACCUCUACGCGCGGUGUCUUGCGAGUAUCGAGCAUCGUCGUAGCUGAAGUGGAAUCAGCAACCAACCAGCAGGUGGCGGAAAGAGUGUCCAUAUACUCUGUAUGGUCACUUAUUCGAAUGUUUCACGGGUGGUCUCGGACUUUCAAAGUCGUACGAGUUCUUGAGAAGAGCAAGAAAAGCUAACUCUUUUUGUUGGUGGUGAAGAGAGGAGCUCGCUACUUGUUACAGAGCAUACUGGAGCCUGAACACGCAUGUCGUCACCUGCGUCAACCCCCAACGCGAGACCCCACCGCAGACCUGGGUACCUGACCUUCGGAAAGAGACUCGAUUGCAACUCUCCGAGUCGGCGACCGAUUCCUUCGAGAGCCCACAUGCACAUGCUACACUUCAGACGGCCACCCAUAAAAGAACAGGCUGUCCCAACUGCCAUGGCUGAUCAAAACCCCCACCCCACCUCCGCAGCGACCGGUUCGAUUCCCAACCACAACCAGAACAACAACGCCUUCUUGCAGUCACCCACCGCAAUACCGCCACGCACCUCGUCUGCAAACUCGACCUUACCCCCCGCGCUCCGAACUGUACCCGAGGCCGACUGGCUUCCCGGGUCCGCUAUCCCAGGCCACAGACGUCAACGAAGUCGUAAAGCCUCGGUCGGCACCACGAGCUUCCCAUCUGCCACCAUGUCCUCCUCCUCCUCGACCCCUCCCGACCCCAACCGCUUCGCCACCGAAGACUUCUUCCAGAACCGGCGGGCAUGGUCGGAAGAGAAAGACAAGGUGCUCACGGGGCCCUUCGACUACCUCAACGGGCACCCCGGGAAGGACUUCCGGUCCUCCCUCGUCAAGGCCUUUGACGCCUGGCUAGAGGUGCCCGCCGAGUCCCUCGAGGUGAUCACCAAGGUCAUCGGCAUGCUGCACACGGCCUCCCUCCUCGUCGAUGACGUCGAAGACAACAGCCAGCUGCGCCGGGGCUACCCCGUGGCCCACACCAUCUUCGGCAUCCCACAGACCAUCAACUCGUCCAACUACAUCUACUUCUGCGCCCUCCAGGAGCUCCAGAAGCUCAAGAACCCCAAGGCCGUCUCCAUCUUCGCCGAGGAGCUGCUCAACCUGCACCGCGGGCAGGGCAUGGACCUCUUCUGGCGGGACACGCUGACGUGCCCGACCGAGGACGACUACCUGGAGAUGGUCAGCAACAAGACGGGCGGGCUCUUCCGGCUGGGCAUCAAGCUGAUGCAGGCCGAGUCGCGCAGCCUGGUGGACUGCGUGCCGCUGGUCAACAUCGUCGGGCUCGUCUUCCAGAUCGCCGACGACUUCCACAACCUCUUCAGCAAGGAGUACACGGCCAACAAGGGCAUGUGCGAGGACCUGACCGAGGGCAAGUUCAGCUUCCCCGUCAUCCACAGCAUCCGCUCCAACAUGGGCGACAUGCAGCUGCUCAACAUCCUGCGCCAAAAGACCGAGAACGAGGAGGUCAAGCGCUACGCCGUCUCCUACAUGGAGAGCACCGGCAGUUUUGCCUAUACCCGCAAGGUGCUGGACGUGCUGAUCGAGCGGGCGAGGCGCAUGACGGACGAGGUGGACGACGGGAGGGGGAAGGGCGCGGGGAUCCAUAAGAUAUUAGACCGGAUGGUCAUCAAGGAUUAAGUUGACAACAGAAAAAAGGGGGAAGGGGGUUGGGUGUUGGAGGGUGCUCACAGGAAUAUACCCCAUUUUGAUCGUUUUGCUUAGUUUCAUCAAUGCUGGAAG